AUAUAAACCCGCAGAGACCACCUUCUCCUGAAGACCUCUUAUAGUUUGCAAAGCUCCCAAAACUGAGGUGCCAAGGACAACUCCAGGGGAUCUCUUGCAGAAGAAAAAAGCUCCCAAUCCGAGGCGCCAAGGAUUUGCAAGCAUGCAGCCUCACUUCCUUGCCUUCGUAUUUCUGUGCACGCAAUGCGGAACAAGUGCGCUGGCUGUGGACGCGGACGCCGCUACCGACGCGCCAUCCCCGGCGUCACAAAUGGCCAAUUUCACCGGCAUCGGAGCCGGAGCCGGAACCGACACUUCUAAAAGCAGGAGGAAGCGGUACAUUAGCCAGAACGACAUGGUGGCCAUUCUUGAUUACCACAACAAAGUGCGAGGCAAGGUGUUCCCUCCCGCGUCCAACAUGGAGUACAUGGUGUGGGAUGACAAUCUGGCCAAGUCAGCUGAGAACUGGGCCCACGCCUGCCUGUGGGAGCACGGCCCGUCUCACCUCCUCAGGUUUCUGGGUCAGAAUCUCUCCGUCAGGACAGGACGUUAUCGAUCCAUCCUCCAGCUGGUGAAGCCGUGGUACGACGAGGUCAGGGAUUAUUCUUUUCCUUACCCCCGCGACUGCAACCCCCGAUGCCCCCUCAGAUGCUACGGCCCCAUGUGCACCCAUUAUACACAGAUGGUGUGGGCCACCACCAACAAAGUGGGCUGUGCCGUUCACACGUGCCACAACAUGAACGUUUGGGGUUCCGUGUGGAAGCGGGCCACGUAUUUGGUCUGCAACUACUCGCCAAAGGGCAACUGGAUCGGAGAGGCUCCCUACAAAGUCGGGGUGCCCUGUUCCGCCUGCCCCCCCAGCUACGGGGGCUCGUGCAGCAACAACAUGUGCUUCCCCGCCCUGAAGACAAACUACCUGCACUGGUUCAAAUAAACACAAGAUGCCCCCCCCCCCCACCACCACCACCGCCCGCACCCCUCCCAAGCCACAGUACCACAGAGACGCUAUUCUCAUGGAGUAGCGUCCGGAUUUGCACAAGAGACAUGGACCAGUCUAUUUUUGUAUAUAUGGGCUUAUUUAAAGACACAAAGCCACGUUUGAAGGCAGCAGACCAUUUUUUGACCACGUGUACAUAAACUGUAAAUUAAUUCUCACCAGAUUUUCUAAUUUAUGCGUAGAAUCCUUCCCAAACAUCCACGCCAGCAGGGUGCUACGUAGAGUUUACGGCGAAGGGCCGUGGCGGCGGCGGCGGCGGCCCGAACGUGACGACAGCUGCUCAUGCGUGCUCACUACGGUGCUAUACGGGCAUCACACCUCCCUGUUGUGUGCUCUGCCUUUUAGGAAUGCUGGAAUCCAACCUUCAAACGGACGCCAGCGUAGCCACGCUACACGCUUCACCCUCGGCCGUCUAUUUUUGUCCCGUGAGGAAUCGCUCGGACAAAAGUGCACUUGACUGUGAAAUUUGAAAUGUAAACAUGACCUGACUACUUCUGUUUAUUUUUUAUUUUAUUUCUUCUUAAACGCAGUUUAAAUCUGCACUUAUUUGGCUUUAACACCGCAAAUAAUUUGUCUAAAGCACAACAGACGUGAGCCCUUUUUGUAUUUGAUAAUCAUAUGUCUUAUACUGUAUUGAUAUAUAUCGGAAAAAUGAUAUUUUUUGUCAUGCAAUUCUGGAGCGAGACAUUCAAGUGCACCUUAAUUGUUGUAAAAGUCCAAAAUUGCAGAAAAAUCCUUUUGUAUACGUGUACAUAAUCAUCAUACUCGGACUAUCCUUUCUACUACAAUUAUUGUAUAAGUUAUUCAUUUUUUUUAUAUACAUGAUAUAUUAUAUUUUUGUAUUGUUUUGUUCAACAAUAGCGAAACAAUUAUUAGCAUUUGGGCAACAAAGCACUAGCAAACUAGCCUGGCAAAUCCAACAUCUUUGCAGCAGCGUUAUGAAGUGAUUGAACAAAGUGGGCAUUGCUGCUAAAAAAAUUAAAAAUAUAUAUUAAAAAAAAAAAAACAGGAAAAGUUCCGCACUGACUGUAUUGAAAUCAACAAGACUUUUAUGCAAUGAAG